CUAUAUUUCUGGGUCAAGCAGUCUCUGCUUUUAUAACAUAUUUCCAGAAAAAGUGUGAGCCUGAGUGGGGGGCUGGGGAAAUCCAUGUUAACAGCGACCUCCGAAUCUUCCCGGGGCGUUCCCCGCCAGCUCCCGCAGGCUCUCCGGACACUGCAGGCCCAACGCCCGGAGACAACCUGGUGGGAUCCUUACCGGGACAGGUCAAGUUCCUGCAGUUCUCCCGGCCCAGCCGCCCCCACUCGCAGGGGUCAAGUACGUGGCCACGUCCUUGAAGGCCAGAGCCAUGGGCGCACAGGUGUGGGAGCAGAGAGGGAGAGAGACCCAAGAGUGGGAAGAGCUGUGGUGAGGUGUCCCCCAAGGUGAAGGAUGCUUGUAGAAACUGUCCCUGCUGAGCGGGAGCCAGAGCAGCUCGGAGGAGUAAAACUGGAGGAGGAGGAGGAAGAGGCUGCCAGCCCGGAGGACCCCAGGCGGCCAGAGAUAAGGCUCCGACCAGAAGUGGCUCACCAGCUCUUCAGAUGCUUCCAGUAUCAGGAGGACAUGGGGCCCAGGGCAUCGCUGAGCCGGCUCCGGAAGCUCUGUAGCCACUGGCUGCAGCCAGCACUACACAGCAAGAAGCAGAUCUUGGAGCUGCUGGUGCUAGAGCAGUUCCUAAGCGUGCUGCCCCCACACCUCCUGGCCCGGCUUCAGGGCCAGCAGCUGAGGGAUGGCGAGGAAGUGGUACUGCUGCUGGAGGGUGUCCAGAGGGAGUCCGUCGACGUGGGGCCACUGGAUUUUAGUUUUAACACUGGCAAGAAUUGUCCCCGUGCAGACAUCACCUUGGAAGAACAAGGGGACCCUUCCCAGGUGUCCAUCCAUAGCCCCAAAAAGGAAGUGCCCCCAGAAAAGCCUCCAGCCCUAGAGCCAACGAAAGGACUCCUGCCAUCCCAGCCAGGGCCCUCUGAGUCUGCUGAGCUGGGGGCCUGGAGACGUCCCACACAUUCAAAGCAGCCACUGAGCCCAGGUUCCAAGAGGACAUUUCAGGCCCUGCAAGAGAGUGUGCUGUCAGCCCCCCAGGACCGUGAGCUGUGGCCUGAGAACUCCCACGAUCAGGAGCUGGCUGCUGUUCUGGAGUCCCUGACCUUUGAAGAUGCCCCAGUGAAGAAGGCGUGGCCUGUGCACCCUCUGGGAUUUGGAAGCAGAACCCCAGAUGGGGCAUUUCAAGAAGAGCCCAGAGGGGUUGCCUGGUCUGCUGCCAUCUCCGCAGAAUCUCAGGAAGGUAGUCCAGGGGCGACAGAAGAGCCCCAUGCGCAGUCACUUGGGCAGGGCCCUGAAGUGAGCAGCCCUCAUGCAGGAGAGUCCCCUGAUGGUAAGAGUGAUGAUGUUCUAGAGGCCAAAGUGGCCGGAGGGGCCUCUAAUCCGGAAGCAGAGACGAAGUUCAUCUGCACAGAAUGUGGGGUGAGUUUCACGAAGCUGGCCCGCCUGGAAGGGCACCAGUUGCGGUCUCACCCCGGAGCGCGGUCCUUCCCAUGCCUGUGCUGUGGGAAGACCUUCGGCCGCAACUCUAUCCUCAAGCUGCACAUGCGCACGCACACGGACGAGCGGCCACAUGCCUGCCACCUCUGCAACCACCGCUUCCGCCAGAGCUCACAUCUAAACAAGCAUCUGCAGACACACUCCGAGCCUGCCUUCCUGUGUGCCGAAUGUGGCCAGGGCUUCCAGAGUCGGACCAGCCUCCUGCAGCACCUGUUGGCUCACGCCCAGGACCAAAAGGCGUCCUGUACCACGGAGACCAAGACCAAAGCUCCAGAACUGGCUGUUGUCCUGUGCUCCCAUUGUGGCCAAACCUUCCAGCGCCGCUCCAGCCUCAAGCGCCACCUGCGGAUUCACGCCAAAGACAAGGGCCACCAGCGCUCCGAGAACUCAGACAGCCUACACCGGAGCCCUGAUGAGCGCAGGCCCUACGUGUGCAGCGACUGCGGCAAGGCUUUCCGGCGCAGUGAGCACCUGGGGGCCCACCUACGUGUGCACACGGGCGAGCGGCCCUUCUCCUGCCAGGUCUGCAGCCGCAGAUUCAGCCAGAGCUCCCAGCUGGUCUACCACCAGCGGGUGCACACGGGCGAGAAGCCCUACGGCUGCCAGCAGUGCGGGAAGCGCUUCGUGCGCCGAGCUAGCCUCGCCCGCCACCUCCUGACACACGGUGGCCCAAGGCCCCACCGUUGCACCCAGUGCGGCAAAACCUUCAGCCAGACUCAGGACCUUGCUCGCCACCGGCGCAGCCACACCGGCGAGAAGCCCUGCCGCUGCAGCCAGUGCGGCGAAGGCUUCAGCCAGAGUGCCCACCUAGCUCGCCACCAGCGCAUCCACACAGGGGAGAAGCCCCACGCCUGUGACACCUGUGGCCACCGCUUUCGCAACAGCUCCAACCUGGCCCGCCACCGCCGCAGCCACACCGGUGAGCGGCCCUAUGGUUGCCAGACAUGCGGUCGGAGUUUCCGACGCAACGCCCACCUGCAGCGGCACCUGGCCACCCAUGCAGGCACAGGGGAUGCGGUGUCCGGGCAGGCCGAGCCCCCUCAAGAGUGCCUAGAGUGUGGCAAGAGCUUCAGCCGAAGCUGCAACCUACUGCGUCACAUGCUGGUGCACACGGGGGCCAGGCCUUACUCCUGCACGCAGUGUGGCCGCAGCUUCAGCCGCAAUUCCCACCUGCUGCGCCACCUGAGAACCCACUCCCGGGAGACCCUGUACUAGCUUCACUCAGGUUCCUCCAGGCCUACCCUGUGGGCCUCUCCCUGCCUCCUCUGCAGCCGAGGCCUGCAGGAGAGGUCCCUGCACCACCCUCCUUGGCCACAGCCCACCCCCACAUCCCUCUGGCUCCCGUUAACCCUGCAUUAGUUCUUCCCUUCCCGGGAAGCAUCUGUUCCUGCCCUCAGGAGCGUAUUUCAAAGUGCCCAAG